GCCGGGCCGGCUGGCGGGGCCGCCAGUGAGCGGGCGGCAGCCCCGCCGCCGCCGCCGCCAUGAGGAGCCCCCGCGAGGCCGGGGAGCCGCUGCCAGUGGACUUCAUCCAGCUGAAAGUGCCAGUCAUCCAGCAGCUGUACCACUGGGACUGUGGGCUAGCCUGCUCCAGGAUGGUACUGCAGUACCUGAAUCAUUUGGACAAUGAUGAAUUUCAGAAAGCCAUCCAUGAACUCCAGUUAACAAAGAGCAUCUGGACCAUUGACCUGGCUUACCUAAUGAGGCACUUUGGUGUUAAGCAUAAAUUUUGCACCCAGACGCUUGGAGUGGACAAGGGCUACAAAAACCAGUCAUUCUACAGAAAGCACUUUGACACAGAGGAGAAUAGAGUGAAUCAGCUCUUUGCACAAGCCAAAGCCUGCAAGGUGCUGGUGGAGAAGUGCACAGUAACUGUUCAAGACAUCCAAAAACAUCUAUCCCAAGGUCAUGUAGCCAUCGUCCUAGUGAAUGCAGUUCUGUUACUGUGUGAUCUUUGCUCAAGUCCUGUCAAAUACUGCUGCUUCCUCCCCAUUGGGCAGAAGUGCUUCUGCAGGAAUCCUGACUACCAGGGCCAUUUCAUUGUGUUGUGUGGCUACAACAAAGCCUCAGGGAGUAUUUACUACAACAACCCAGCCUAUGCUGACCGAACAUGCAGCACCAGCAUCAGUAACUUUGAGGAAGCCAGGACAAGUUAUGGCACAGAUGAGGAUAUUCUCUUUAUCUACACAGACAGCUGACAUCCACACCUGAUACUUCCAGUCAUUUCUGAUGCAGCCUGCAUGGCAGCUGGCUGCUUGUCUCAGGACUGCCCCUGCAGAGACCUUGCUUCUGAAUUGCAGUGGGAUCUUAAACAAGGGAGGCUUUAUAGACAUUGAUAGGACUAUAUUGCAAUGCUGUCUUCACCUUUUUAUUCCUGAUGAAAUAUCUGAUUUUGCAAUGUAUAUCACACAUUUUUCCCCAGUUUUAAUACUGCAUGUUUGACAGCAGGGUUAAAUUGCAGGCCUAGAGUCUGCUGGCUUUGAGAUUAUUUUCAAAUUAAAUACAUGAGAAAAAGCAACAAAUUUAUGAACUUAAACACUUGGAAUACAUGCAUAGGUUUAGGUAAACAAAACUAGGGAAAAUAGCAAGUACCUGUUUCUCUCUUUCUUUCUUUCAAAGAAUCAAGGGCUGAUCUUCAUUCUAAAUGUAGGUAUUUGAAGUUCAGCAGGACAUUAUGGAAGGAAAAAGUAUUAACUUAAGCCAGCAAAGCAUUUUCACAAUUUAGAAGUGUUUUAUCAACAUUGUGUACAUUAUAGGAACGAAACAUAUUUAUGAAGGAAAUUGCCAAUUUAUUAAAUUCACCUUACACAGUUUUAGCAUUUAUGUCAAUGAAUUAAGUUUUAAAGUGUAGCUAAUGGUACUGUUCCCUUGCACUACAUACUUAGUCUCAUUUUUGGCCAACUCCUCUAGGAAUGAUGUCCCAGAGCUCUGUGUUAUCCCAAAAGUUCAAGCAAGGACAUUUUAUUUGGACUUAGGAGUAUUCAAGGGUCUUUGCAAGAACUUCUGUAUGUUAUGCCAUGUGCAUGUGCCAGUUUUUACACUGUCCAAUCUAAAUACAAACUUUAAACUGAUUAAACAAAUACAGAAAAUGAUCAUCCACAUACUAAUGAUAUACAUUUUAUGAGUAAUUUUAGAUACCUGACAGAAGAGACCAGACUGUAAAAGCCUGAUUUGUACUUUGAGGCCAAACUUUGCUGUUCUAUUAAUUUAAUGACCUUCUAAGAAGAGCUAAAACUAAUGAAAAAAACAGGGAUUAGAGACUUUCUGGGCUGAAGUAAAACAGCAGGAACUCAGAUUUUCUAGCUCUUCUUACACUACAGCUGUGUUUGGAUUAAAUUGCAGUUACUGUGCUCAGACAUUUUUAAAAUAAAUUAUUAGAUAGCAGCUCAUUCAUAAUCCUUUCAUGUAGUACCUGGGUUUACUUACUUUGAGGAGGAGCACUGUAAAGUAUAGGAGAUACUUACCUGGUUCAGACUUAUCCAUCACAAUUUCCUACAUGUCUUUAUCUUCAGUCCUGCCUAUUUUAAAGUGGGUAGAAAAAUAAACAUUAAUACUAAAUUAAAUCAAAAAAUUUUGUUUUGCCCUUAAGACAGAGAUCCCACACCUUUGGCAUGGUUUUAAGAACAGAACUCUGUGGAAUGACAACAAAAAGACAUUGCUAGUUGGUGGUGAAAAUAAUAAAUAGGAAUCUCUAAUUCCAGCAUGAUAAAGAGAUAAUAUUUGUAAGAGAAAACAUUUUCUUCUGUCAGUUGUUGAUUUACUGAAAAGUACCUGAGAAGGAGCUAAAAAGCCAAAAAACAAAACAAAAAAAACCCCAGGUGUUUAAAAUGCAGCAGCCUUCUUGAAUUUUGACAAAAAGUACAUGACAAGAAACCUACAGUGUAUCUGAUUCUGCUUAUUGUUGUCUAAGUUGGAAUACAUUCUGGAACUUGUAAGAUUUGUAAGACUCUGGAUGAAUAAGAAUUAAGUAGUAGAACCAGUAUACUAGUGCUAUCGGUAGAAUCCCAGAAAAAGACCAGCGUCAAAAACUAGCUACUGUCUUCUGGCUUCUCGAAAAUUAGCCACUAGCACACUACUGAUUUGGGAAACUGUAUGUCCAAAUCCAACCUCAUGAUGUUUGAUUUAGAGAGAUUGUAUUAGCAAUGUCACUCAUUAACAGGUGUGUAAACUACAGACUGAUAGGCUACUCCCUUAACCUGUGCAUUUUCAGUCAGUUAAUUUAUUCAAUACCAUUAAACUGCCAAAAGAUUUAUUUUUAGAGUGAGCUUGGUUUAGCUAAAUAAAACAAUUCUUACAAAAGGCUAAUAACUGAUGUUUAGCCUCUUACUGGAUUCAAUUAUCCAAAUGUAAAUAUUGAAUUGUACAAAAAAACCCAUGAACUAGAGGACAUGCUAAAUGGUCUGAAAUGCACAAAUGGGUAUAACAUUAUUGACUGUUAAGGGUUUGGUACCCAGGGUUCAGAUAGUUCGACAGAAGUGAAAGAUAAAAAGCUGUUUAAACCAAUAAAGACAAAAUUAGUGUUCCACCCACUGCAACAGGACUUCUUAAGGCCAAAUGGAAAAAAGUUAUGAAAGAUGAAAAUAGAAAGUAGGGGAAGAAGCCAACUAAAAAGAAUGCUGAAAGUUUACGUGACACAAAUUCAGAUUAAAAGAAAGCUCACUGAACAAAUAUUCAGAACACUGACAUUUUCUGAAACUUUGUUUUCCAUACCAAGAUUGCUUAUGAAAAGUCAUUUAAGAAUGUUUUGUCUGUCACUUCAUUUCCUUCAUUAUGUCCAUAGCAAAGAAAGGGAUGUUUUACAUGCAGGGAUUUUAUACAUAAAUAUAUUUUUUAUUUGUAAUAAGCCAUUCUCAAUAAAUGUUUAAAGUAGCAUACUUUACCUUGUAACCUUGUAACGUAAUGUAGCAGUUGCAUUUAUUAACUGGUUUACUAUGCAAAAAUUUGAAUGCUCUUUAGAGGAAGUGUUAUAUACACUAAGAGAGAAGUGAUACAGCUGAAAUUGUAAAGUGGAAUUUUUUAAAGAGUUUAAAUAUUUAUUUCAGCUGUAAGUUCAUAGUUAUUAGUCUCUAAAUUGUAUUCCUUAUGCACUUUCUAAACACUUACUCCCUAAACAAAAUUUCAAGACAUGUUAUAAAACUCAAAGUACCCCAUAUAUCAUUGUUAUCUAUGUACACUAGCUAUUCUGUGUAUUCCCCAACCACUGAAUAUCACAGCUCCUGGAAAGUGGUUUUCAUAACCAAUUCUGAGCUGACCCCUAAUAGUAUCUCUGUGGCUUUGUUUGCAAUGAAAAGCAUGCAUUUGCACCAGCCUAGUCUAAGCUGUUUAGCCAGUGUUUGUUAUUGUUGUCUCACAACAUAGCACUGAGCUUCUGGAGAUGUUAAAAGCAUCUGUCUUCAGCACUACUUCUGGACCCUGAAAAAGCCCUUCAAAGGCACUGUUUGCAAUUGUGAUUCUAAUAAGUAGGGUAAAGGGAAAUACAAAGACCAAAGUGGUCUUGCUUUAUAUAUGGAAGUCUUCAGUGGGUGCAGUAUAUAAAGAUCUUCAAAGAACUGAGAUGCAUCAAAUGGUUGGUAAAUAAGAAGAAGAAAAAAAAAAAAAAGAAAACAAUUAUGUCUCCCUUCUCCAUUCUUGUUAAAUUAAGCACCCAGGUGGAGAGUAAAAACUGGGAAGCAGAAGUAAGCAGACAUACACUAUAUAAUACAUUAAAAAGCUUAGUUAAAUAUUUUAAUCUCUGAAGUCACUCUUUCCAUCAAACUAUGUAUCUUGUACACAGUACUGGAAAAAUUUCAUAAUUUUGUAUCAAUGUAUUGCUCACUUGUUAUAUUUUUAGUAAAGAACAACUGAAGAGUGGAAACAUUAGCGUAAGUGACAAAAAAAGAAAAAACACCCAAAACCCAAGAAGACAUUUUAAAUUAUUUUACUUAACACAGUUAUGAAUGCUAUUAUUUAAAAGCUGGUUACAAGAAAUUAAAAUGACAACAUUAAAAUAGCAUCUUGUGAUCUACAAUAAAUCUCUCAUCCAAUAGUAUCUUUUAAUUUGAUUGUGUUGAGAUGAUCUCUUCCAGGACUUACUCUUUGAUUACAUUGGGUAUAAAAUCAGGCUGGACUGCAUCACUGAGCUCUUCUGCAUACAUUUCAUAUCUACCAGUCAUCUGGAAAAGAAAACCACAGCUUAAAUUCUGGUUUUAAGCUAUGAAAGUACUUCAGUAGAAAAUACUGAUGUCUACCAUUUUUUGACUCUGCUGUCAGCAACAGGUUUUUCAUAGGUGUCCCUGAGGGUAUUCGUGCUGCAGCGACUUUAUCCGUUAAUAGUACAAAAUAUUAUCAUUGCUUUGUGGUGGUACAGUAAGCUAAGAAAAGUAAGCACAGUCUGCAACAAUGACUCUGUGAGGGGUGAAUUGCUUCUUUCUUUCCACAGUAAAUUUUAGAAUGUAAUGAGGACAAUUUGUGAACUAUUCUGCUGCUGAUAAAUUUAGUGAGAACAUUAUUCUCAUGUCCUCUUUAGGUGUCACUGGAUGCAAAUACCCGAUAUUGGAGCAGGUUAAAUAGGUGACCAUUCACUAUCAAGGUUUUUUUCCAAUGGGUGAAUUAUGACUUCAUACUUCCUCACUACCCUGAUACCAAGAACUACCUCUGUCUUGGCCACAAAUGAGAAGGAAAUGAAUACUUCCUGUCAUAUAAACAAUAGCCGCAGCAAUCUACACCAUCCACACAAAACUCUAAUAUGCUGAAAGCACAAGACUUGAAGACAACAAAAAUAAACGUAAUUUUAUACAAAAUA